CAUGAUAUCAAUGCUAUAUAGUUGCAAAUUUCUUCAACCUUAUCCACUUCGAACCAGUCACACAACUCACAAGCUUCUGUCCUCAGUUAUCAACGAUUGUGAAGAUGAAUACUAAAUGGAUUAAUUCUAAAUGAGUAUGCAUCGUUACAUUAAUUUACACACAUAAUGUCCCUAACCGUUGCAACAACCAACAACAACAACCUCAAACAUAUUAAUCAUUUGUUAAACCAAUCCAAUACUAUCUCUCACUCUCGCCUCAAACAAAUUCAUGCUCAAAUACUUCGCACCAUUCACACCAAUCAUCCACAAUCCCUUUUUCUCCACACCAAACUUCUUCACCAUUACUCCUUCACAAAUCUCAACUACACUACACAUCUUUUUCAUCACUUUAACAACCCAAAUUCCUUCAUGUGGAACAUUCUCAUACGAACCUACGCUAAAACCACAAAUCAUAAAAAUCAUGCUAUUGUUCUUUACAAAGAAAUGAUGAUGGAACAAGAAAAUGAAGUUUUUCCUGAUAAACACACUUACCCAUUUGUUCUUAAAGCUUGUGCUUACUUGUUUGCGUUAUUUGAAGGGAAACAGGUUCAUGCACAUGUUUUGAAACUUGGGUUUGAGUUAGAUACUUAUAUUUGUAAUAGUUUGAUUCAUUUCUAUGCUUCUUGUGGGUGUUUGGAAAUUGCACAGAAAGUGUUUGAGAAAAUGCGUGAAAGGAGGAAUGAGGUUUCAUGGAAUGUAAUGAUUGAUUCUUAUGCUAAAGUUGGAGAGUAUGAUACUGUUUUGAAAAUGUUUUGUGAGAUGAUGAAGGUACAUGAACCUGAUUGUUACACAAUGCAGAGUGUUAUUAGUGCUUGUGCUGGUUUAGGUGCUCUUUCAUUGGGUAUGUGGGUUCAUGCUUAUGUUUUAAAAAAGUGUGACAAGAAUGUGGCUUGUAAUGUUUUGGUUAAUUCUUGUUUGGUUGAUAUGUAUUGCAAAUGUGGAUCUCUGAAAAUUGCUAAGCAGGUGUUUGAAGGAAUGUCAUAUAAAGAUGUGAAUUCAUGGAAUUCAAUAAUAUUGGGUUUUGCCAUGCAUGGCAAAGCUGAGGAAGCUUUGGAUUAUUUUGUCGGUAUGGCGAAGGUAGAAAAAUGUGUGCCUAAUUCUAUCACUUUUGUCGGUGUGUUGAGUGCGUGCAAUCAUAGUGGAAUGGUUAAUGAAGGGGUGAUGUAUUUUGAAAUGAUGACUAAGGAAUACAAUAUUGAACCAAGUUUGGUGCAUUAUGGAUGUCUUGUUGAUCUUUAUGCUAGAGCAGGAAAUAUCCAAGAGGCUUUAAAUGUGGUUUCAGAAAUGCCUAUGAAACCAGAUGCUGUAAUUUGGAGGAGUCUUUUAGAUACUUGUUGUAAGCAAAAUGCAAGUGUUGAGCUAAGCGAAGAAAUGGCAAAUCAUGUUUUUGAGUCUGAGGGUAGUGUUUGUGGCGGUGCUUAUGUGCUUAUGUCAAAAGUGUAUGCUUCGGCUAGUAGGUGGAAUGAUGUAGGUUUGGUCAGAAAGCUUAUGAAUGAUAAGGGUGUGAGUAAAGAGCCUGGUUGUAGUUUAAUAGAGAUAAAUGGUGUUGCUCAUGAAUUUUUUGCUGGGGACACCACUCAUCCACAGAGUAAAGAUAUAUAUAAGUUUAUGAAUGAUAUUGAGGAGAAGCUAGAAUCAAUAGGGUAUUUACCUGAUUAUUCAGGUGCACCUUUGAUUGAUGAGAUUAAUGAAGGGAAACAGAAUACUAUGAGGUUGCAUAGUGAGAGAUUGGCUAUAGCUUAUGGCAUUUUGAAUUCAAAACCAGGCAUGCCAAUAAGACUAUUUAAGAAUCUUAGAGUGUGUAAUGAUUGUCACAAGGUUACUAAAUUAAUAUCCAGAAUUUACAAUGUGGAGAUAAUUGUAAGAGAUCGUGUUCGAUUUCAUCACUUUAAAGAUGGGAGUUGUUCUUGUAUGGAUUAUUGGUGAUAAAUGAUAAUCGUCUCUGGUAA